GGCGGAGGGGGCGGGGCCUGGUUCUGCUGCAGCGGAGGAACAUGACAUGGGGAUGAGCGAGAGAGAGGGAGAGAGCGAGACAGCCUGAGAGGAAUAAACGGUUCGUCAGAGGUCUGGGCUGAAAACGUGAUGAUGGGGAGCAAUGACUGAAAACACAACGUGUCUUCCGUCCCUCUGCUGCCUCUGAAGCCAUGGACUAGAGCUGCAUCUGGUCCUGACAGUCCUGUGGUCAUCAGAUGGCUUCUCAGCAACCCUCAGCGAAAAUACAGAAUAUGAGAACGUGAAGGCUGGCGUCCACCAAGGCCACCGCUGCACCUUGGGCAGCACACACACAUGAUCACAUGACUCUGGACAUGGACGCGGUCCUGUCAGACUUUGUUCGGUCCACAGGGGCAGAACCGGGUCUGGCAAGAGACCUGCUGGAAGGUAAAAACUGGGACCUCAGCGCUGCUCUAAAUGAUUAUGAGGAGCUCAGGCAGGUCCACACUGCCAACCUGCCGCAGGUCUUUAACGAGGGCCGCUACUACAAGCAGCCAGAGACACGUGACACGCCCACCCAUGUCAGCAAGAUCGACAGGCCGUGUGCACUGAAGCAGGAGGACAAUGCACAAGAGAAGCGUCUGUCCCGUGGGAUCUCCCAUGCCAGCUCUGCUAUCGUCUCCCUGGCAAGGUUGCAGGUGGCCAGCGAGUGUACCAGCGAGCAGUUCCCUCUUGAGAUGCCCAUUUACACAUUCCAGCUACCAGACCUCAGCGUCUACAGCGAGGACUUUAGGAGCUUCAUCGAGAGAGAUCUGAUAGAGCAGUCCACCAUGAUGGCUCUGGAGCAGGCCGGUCGUCUCAACUGGUGGUCCACCAUGUGCACCAGCUGUAAGAAGCUGCUUCCUCUGGCCACCACAGGGGAUGGGAACUGCCUUCUGCAUGCUGCCUCUUUGGGGAUGUGGGGCUUCCAUGACAGAGACCUGAUGCUGAGGAAAUCCCUGUACACCAUGAUGAAGAGUGGAGCAGAGAGAGACGCUCUGAAGAGGAGGUGGAGGUGGCAGCAAACCCAACAGAACAAGGAGUCGGGCCUGGUGUACACUGAGGAGGAGUGGGAGAGAGAGUGGAACGAGCUGCUGAAGUUGGCCUCCAGUGAGCCUCGAACUCACCUCAGCAAAAACGGGAACACCAGUGGAGGGGUGGAUAACUCUGAGGAUCCAGUCUAUGAGAGUCUGGAGGAGUUCCAUGUGUUUGUGCUGGCCCACGUGUUACGCAGGCCGAUCGUAGUGGUGGCUGACACGAUGCUCAGAGACUCAGGAGGAGAAGCGUUUGCUCCCAUCCCGUUCGGAGGUCUCUAUCUGCCCCUGGAGGUGCCUCCGAGUCGCUGCCACUGCUCCCCUCUGGUCCUGGCCUACGAUCAGGCUCACUUCUCUGCACUCGUGUCCAUGGAGCAGAGAGACCAGCAGAGAGAGCAAGCUGUUAUCCCUCUGACGGACUCGGAGCACAAGCUGCUGGCGCUCCAUUUUGCCGUGGACCCUGGGAGGGACUGGGAGUGGGGGAGGGACGACAAUGAUAAUACCAAGCUAGCCAAUCUCAUCUUGUCUCUGGAGGCCAAACUUAACCUGCUGCACAACUACAUGAAUGUAACGUGGAUCCGAAUUCCGUCUGAAACAAGGGCUCCCCUGGCUCAGCCAGAGUCUCCCACAGCCUCUGCAGGUGAGGAUGUCCAGUCUCUAGCUGAGUCCAUGGACUCUGACCGCGAGUCUGUCGGCAGCAACUCUAACGUCAACACUGGAAAGCCCAGCAAGGAGAAGGACAAAGACAAGCAGCGCAAAGACAAAGACAAGAGCCGGGCUGAUUCUGUAGCCAACAAACUAGGUAGCUUCAGCAAAACCUUGGGAAUCAAGCUGAAGAAGAACAUGGGAGGCCUGGGUGGCCUUGUGCACGGCAAAAUGAACAAAUCUAACUCUGGCUCAGGUCGUAGUGGGGAGAACGGAGGGGAAAAGGCAAAGAAGAAGGAGUCUAAGACAACCAAGGGAAGCAAGGAGGAGUCCGGCCAGUCAGCCAGCUCCACCUCUUCUGAGAAGGCCACUAGUCCCUCCCCUACAGACAGAGACAGACCCUCCAGCUCCUCCCCAACCGAGAGACAGGACAGUGUAGGGAGAGUCUCAGGGGACAAGACCCUAGAAAACUGGAAAUACAGCACCGAUGUCAAGCUCAGCCUCAAUAUCCUGCGGGCUGCCAUGCAGGGGGAGCGCAAGUUCAUUUUUGCAGGACUCCUGCUCACCAGCCAUCGACACCAGUUCCACGAGGAGAUGAUCAGCUACUACUUGACAAAUGCCCAGGAGCGCUUCAGCCAGGAGCAGGAGCAGAAGAGGAAGGAGGCCGAGAAGAAGCCCCCUGCCACAAACGAGGUGGCCGUGAAGAAGCCUGAGCAUGAGAGUGUCUUCCAGAGGGAGAGAUCGGACAGCUCACCUCCGGAGAGCUGCUCUCCGGUCCUGCCCCACCACACCCACACCUACAACAACUCACAGCCCCCACUGGGUCUCAAGAUGCAGGGCAGAAACAGUCCCACUCCUGCAGCCCCUCAUGUCUCUGUCCCCGUCCCUCCUCUUACCCCGCCAACUGCCUCGCACCACGUCUCUCACCCAGCCCCAGCCCCUGCGCCUUACUCCUCCCCCAGUAUUGGUGCUAAGAGACCUGGGCCCGUUCCUGUGUCCGCCCACUACAGCCAUACGCCGCCCAUCCAGAGGCACAGUGUCAUUCACUUACAAGAUGUCAACAUGCAAUCCUCCAUCUUCCAAGAUGACCCCUAUAAGCCUGUAGUAGGCACUCUAAAGACAUGCGCCACCUACCCCCAGCAGAACCGCACACUCUCAUCCCAGAGUUACAGCCCUGCUCGCCUGUCAGGAGUCCGCACUGUUAACACCAUAGACACCCUGUCCUACAACAUGCCUGGCGAACACAAGUCCCACACCUACACCAAUGGAUUCGAUGCGGGAGACAUUCAGGACUGCCUUGAGUUUGCUGAUGAGGACAACUCGUCUCACACCUGGCUCAACCAAGACAAAACCAAAGGGCGGAGCUCUGGAAGCCCUUUGUACUGCUUUCAGCAGCGCCGCUGCAAGAGGGAGAACUGUUCCUUCUACGGCAGGCCAGAGACAGACAACUACUGCUCCUACUGCUACAGAGAGGAGCUGAAACGCAGGGAGAGGGAGAGCAAAGUGCAGAGGCCUGUAUAGCCAUCACCGCUGCUUCAGCCACUUGUCAACGAGGCCACAGGAGACUUGAGGGAACAACACCAUCUGCACUCUGCAUUUAAAAUUACAUGAUGGCAAACAUUUUUCCUAUUUUGUUGAAGAAUGCUCGUGUAUUCCUGUCGCCCUUCCCUUGUUGGUAAAGAUUAUUACUUUAUGAUGAGGGAAGCAGAACUUGAAACAGUGAGCAGCUUUGGCCAGAUAUUGUUAUUUUGUUUUACUUCUGUCUCAUUGAAGUUAGUCUUUUACUUGUUUUAGAGUAAAAGUCAUCUCUCUGUGAUGUAAACUUUCUGUAUGUGAAGGAGAGCUCUUUAUUUUUCAAAGUACAAAAGAUUUGCAUCUCAUCAGGAAGGAACAUUUUAGCUCUUUUAAUCAGUUUGAAUGCAAUACCUCUGCUUGGUUCUUCAAAAUCUCUGUGGAAAAUUUGUAGUUGUUUUGCAAUCAAAAGAAAUUUAAUGGGGAAUUAAUAUUAGACUUUAAAGCAAUAAAUUGGUGAUUUUUGCUACACCCUCUCCCAAUUUUGUCUAUGCACCAAUAAUAUAGUUACUGUAGGUUGACUGUGUCUUGUAAAUUGUAAAAGAUUGUCACAGUGUGCUUUUGUAAACAAAUUUGAACUACAGGAAUUUCAAUGUGUAAGCAUCAUAGAUUGUAAUCUUGGAUUAGGAUGAAAUGUAAAACACAUUUGUUAAGUGUACCUUUGUUCUUACCACGGUGCAAGGGUUUGCUGUGUCAGAAUUGGAAUCAAAAUACUGUGUAAGAUAUCAUCCCACAUUUUUGCCCGUAGUCGACCUACUCAAGUCCACAAGCACUGCCAAACUGGCUUCUCUAAACAAUUACAAUUUAAAUUUUCAAAAAUGUUUUCUGUGCCAAACACCGAACAAUGUGCAUAGGAUGAAUUGCUUCUCAAAUAUGCAGUGUUUAUGGUGUGUUUCUCUGAGUUGCCUGUUAGCUACUCUACUCAGUAAAUGUCUUAGAUGAGAAGAACAGUGGGUAGCGAGAGCAGGCUGAUGUGUAUUUGUCUGAAGUGUUAUUAUGUGUCUCUUCCCCUCUUACACACACAACACAAUGUGCAAUCAUGCUAUUAGCACUAUGUGGUGACCUGCAGUAUAGAUGUGUCACCGGUCCAGUGUGAGAUUGUUCUUCUUCCAUAUCUAGAGGCCGUUAAAAGAAGCACCUGCUGCUACGAGCACCUCAAGCCUUUGUGAUCAUCAGUGCUUUAACCAAUCAGUGGGUUUUUAAAACCCCAGGCCUCCAAGUGCUUUCUGCUCAUUCGACAUGACUACUGUAAAGACGCAGUGUUUGUGUUGCUGUUUGUUCUGGUGAUGCUUGGAUAAUGUACCAUGCUGUCCUUAACUAAGUGUGUCCUGGCCAAGGAUGUCCACUGCUCCCUCAGUUUGCUUCUGUCUCUCUCCUGUACACACUGCAGUGUUGCUCCUCUUUGUUUCUAUGUGACUAGUUCAUGGACUCUCACCAUGUUAGGAUUGUAAGAUAUGAUUUUGUAUUCCUUUAAGAGUUUUACACUACUUUAAAUUAUUAAUUUGCACAUUAGGUACAGAUGUAAAUAUGAAAAAAAAAUAGUUUAUUGUUACAAACACUGUGUGUCUGUGUUAUUUUUGUUUUGCUGAAAUCAGGAAAAAUCCAGAGGAUAUAAAUGACAUUUUUAGGCUAUUAGGAAUAUUUUUAACCAGGAAAGUGUUCUGAGACUUUUAAGUUAUUUUAUAAGAAUCUGCUCUACAUGCACAGCAAUACACUUUUUGCUAUCUGUUUGCUUUAAUCUUCUUUUCUUUUUUCUAAUGAGGCAAGACGAGGACAAUGGACUCAAAACACUUCAUGAAUUUACAGUGUAUCAAGUUUCAAUGUGGUUAUUGUGUUUUAUGCAACACGCUGAUCACUGUCAGUGGAAGUGUUCCAGCUUUAUAUUGCAGUAAUCAGUGCUUGGAGUUACUCAACAUCCCAUCACAGGUAGAUUAGUACCAGUAAUACUACUGCAUUACCAUAUUGCUUGAAGACUUGCAUGACAGAAAAGGGCAGUUUGCCAGUUUUACUCAUAAAGGACUGUUUACUUGUAAUGGAGAGCUGUACUCAGUGAAAACAAUCAUAGAGUAUCUUAUGCAGCUCUGUAGGAGUUUUGUCAAGUCUGAGAAAAUGACCACCAUGAUUUCAUUAGAGUUUUCUUAAUUGAGUCAACCAUUUCACUGCUAAUUUAUAAACUGGUGGCAUGGAGUUUAAAUAGUGGAGCAUUUAACAAGCAGAGAAGGUCCAGUAAAGGACAUUAGAUUACAUUACAAGGACUAAAGAUCAGGAAACCUUGGGGUCCGUGUGCGGAUCUGGUAAUUGGAUUUUUUUGAAACGGGUAUUGAAAAACGAGUGGUUAGUUGAUUUUCGUUUUAAAAUACAAAAAUUAAAAUUGAAAUACAAGGCGUUUUUCCUUUUCAUGAUCAAAAGGGGUUAUGCGGUUUUUUUUUAAAUGCUUUGAUUUUCGUUUUAUAUUUAGAAUAACAAGAAAGUAAAUUCAGUAAGAGACAGAACCGAAAAAAGGUCCGUUUUUUCAUUUUCUGAGACCGGAAGUGGUCAUCAGCAAGUGUGCAGCCAAACGACAAGAAGAUUCUCGGAGGGCGGAGCCAGAGAGCAGUGAUUGGUCAGACUGACUGCGAGUCAGAGAGCAGUGAUUGGUCAGACCAUAGAUAAUAUAGAAGACAGCGCGCUAGCGUAUCUAGUCUGUGUGUAUCUAUGGUCGGAACGUCUGGUAGCAUCUCUGGCUGCUGUUGACCUUGUUUUUGGAGUAAAACACGGUGGAAGCUGAAUUAGUGAGGAUGACUCCUGCUCCUGUCAUCUCUAAGCUCCUCACACAUCUUUACCUGCACAUGAGGAAAAUCACUCCUGUAGAAUGCAGUGGUUCAUCAGAACCUCUGGGGAUGUCCUGUGGAUCCUGUGGAUCCUGUGGGUUGCAGGGUGGGUCCUACCUAGACCAGACUGAUCCUGGACCAUCCCACAGAUGCUCCAUCAGAUCUGGAUGUGGGGAGUGUGGAACCCAGAUGUUCAGAGGGAGAUGAUGCCACAUCUGGUCCAGCUGAUGGAAGGUCUUGAAGUUCUCUGACUGGCCUCAACUGAAGAUGGUCGUCUCACUGGAUUUAAGGUUCAGAUGCUCAGUAACAAACUCCACCAAUGAGCCAACAGGGAAGCUUUAGGUUUAUUAAAUGUUGCUAUGAAGGUAUCGCUGUUUUUCUUUGUGAAUGCAAUGUGCUCCAACUGAAACUUGAAUUAGAACUUAGAAGUAAAUCCUUCCAUCUGACAGGAUUUAGUUGCAUUAAUAACCUCAUAACAUUCUAAUUUUUAUUCCAGUCUUGGUUGGAAAUAGAAUCUCUGUAUUGAUUCAGGUAAAAACUGAACUUCACAGCAUGUUGGAGCAAAACAACCAGAUGAAAACUGAUGGUGUUGGAUUGUCAGACUGUAAUGUUGCAGCUCACAGCAGCUUUUCUAGCUCAGUUCAUUCUGACAUUCAGCUAUGAAUCAACACAGCAGAUGGUGAUCCAUGCUGUGGAAGUCUCACAUCUCCUGAUUUAAUGGAGCUGCUUUGCACUUUUUACACUGUUUAUUCACCAACACUUUAUUUAAUAAAAGUCCCAUCUAGUUUUUAUGAGGAAUGUGAUGUUUUAAUUUCUCUGUGAAUAACUGCAGUCUAAUGCAACAGCUGGAGUUGUAACAUCUGUCCUGAUAUUGAUCAUGAAGUAUUGAUCAGAAUACUUAUGGUUAGCAGUCAUCCCUGUAGUUUUACAUUAAAAUCUUUACUUGUGUUGUGAACUUUGGCAAGAAGCAGAAACGUUAGCGUUGCCAUGGAUACAUGAGUGUUAAAUUCUGUCCAUGUUUCCAUUUUGGGAAAUUCAGUCCAGUUCCAGAAUGUGGAGGAAUUUAGUCUCAAUCACAGACAACAAAUAUUAUCUGAAAGUCGGGUUAUUGUUGUUUAUCAGCACAAUACAAAAAGAUUAAUGUCAGAAAUAUUCCAGUUAAGACUCUAGAAUAUCAUGAUUUAUGUAAAUGUACCUCAAUAAUAUGAAUGUUCAGGUUAAGAUUGUACAGUGAUAUUUAUUAUGUAAGUUUAGCUGAUUAAAGUUUAUGACUCUGCACUAAAAUAUUAUUUAAAUUAACAUCAUUAUUAUAAUAUUUAGAGUCAGACCCUACAGUAUUGAGGUUAAGAAAUCAAAUAUUCUAUAAAAUGUAAAUACACUGAACUCAUUUGGAUAUAUUUAAGUGAGACUCUACAAUAUUAUUUGACACAAAUCUAUCUAAAUCAAAAUUUUAAUACUUUUCACGCCAAACACUUACUGGACUGAUUUAAAUAUUAAAAUCACUCCUUUCUAAUCCUCUGCUGUACGUUCAAACCUGAGGCCUUAAAUAGAAACACACAAGUAUCUGAUUGUAGGAACUUCUGCAGAGUCCUGGUUCCAGAACAUGAUGAUAAAAUUAUAGACAAACUUUAACAAAAGCUGCCUGAGAGUUUACAGGUUUUUAUGUUAGAUUUCUUCAGUAAUUUAUUGAGAGUUAUCAGCAAUAAUCAAGUGAUCAUUUGAUGAACUUCAUUUACUAAAACAUCCAGAAUUGGAGCUCAUAUCUUUGGCAGCUGUAAAGUUUCUGCUCCUUCAAAGUUCACAACACAAUGAAUGAAUUCCUAAAACACUCUCAAUGCUGGAGAGCGUUUGUGAUGCUGAAGCAGUGACCAAUUUUUCUGUUUCUUCUCUGGAGAUGCACAAUGAGGGACGUCUGCAGCGACUGAGAAAGAGUCUCACCACAUCCUGACAUGAGGAAAAAGACUUUAUUGAAGACUACAAUGAGAAAAACUAUCAGACAGCAGACGGCUGCAUUCAAGGUGAGCUCUGAACAUUUGAUCUGGAACAAGAAUUCAAUAACUGCAGCAUGAGCUUCAUUUCAGUCUGUAGCUGCUGAAUUCAUGGAUGAAUCAUCUGGCACUAGAGAAGAAGACCAUCAAACAUCCAUGUCAGCUGAUGGAGGUCCAAGAGUCUCACCGAACAAACAACCUACAGAGUGAAGACCUCGAAUCUGAUUGGACGGCCUCCUAUUCAGCCACAUGUGUGAACAAAUGCCUCUAAGCUGAUUUGUUUUCUAAAAUAAAUCUAGUUUGAGUCCUAA